AUGACCCAACACACAUUAAAGGAUCGGCUAUGUCGCCGUCCGAACAACGCUGCUCUUCUGGCUAUUACAAACCUGGCUGCGAAUACCCUCGGGCGCUGGGUCGACCAGAAUGCUGCGCACUGGCUGAAUCACAUUAUGCUCGCUGUCAAUUUCAUCGUACUCGCCACCACUGUGGUGAGAGAAGCGCGGCGGUCGACUGGUGAUCCGGGUGUUAUACGCACUGGCGGUGAUCAGACUGGUUUAGGUGAGAAGGAGCGCCUUGUUGAUGCUGGGAAGGAGUAG